AUGCCUCAAACACGUUCUGGGGUGCGGAAGGCCCAGAAUACAGUAUUGUCUUUACCGCCUCCGGAGAUGAAGAAGAAGCGGAAGAAGAAAACGGCUCCACUUGUUAGUUCGGCACAGUCAGCGUGUGAUGCAGGAGCGCCGCUUGCUCAAUCUGAAGUUGAAGCUCGGGCGGCAUCGCUGACCGAAGGAACGGUUGAGUUGCCAAAGGAAGCCCCAAAACCGACGCGAAAUCAGAGGACGGCUAAAGUUGCAAAAACCGGCAAGAAGGGCAAGACGAAGAUUGUACCGGCCAACGAAACGGCAAGCAUCGACCAUGACGCAGCUGACGGGUUGGUAAACAUGGCGACAUCGGAUGCGCCUGUAUCACCGGUCACUUCGUCGUUAUCCUCGGUGCAUAGCAGGAUUGGCUCUCCCGCAUUGGUCAACACUGUCGUGCCCCCGAUGUCAAUCGCCGAAACUCCCUCCGCCGUGGCGCAGCUGCCAAAUGCGACAAACAGCAUGGCGCACCGUUCGACAUCUCUAGAAAGUCCACAGGGCUCUGUUGUGAUACCCUCAGCUGCUGCCUCUGUCGCCAAUCACGAGGGGAAUUCAUCUGAAUGUUUGCCCCCGGAUGCUUCUUCAUCGGCUGGGGAAACGUCGCAUGCACAGGAUGCAUUAACUUCGUUUAUGGCAUCGAUGAUCUCGGCGGAGGCUAGCGUACAAAAGGAGCGUACCGCAGCGGCAGAAUUAUACCGUUUUCCCGCGAUUGCGCCUUGGAAAUCUACGCUGCUAGCCCCACCAAUCCAGACCACGCAAGGUGCAGGACUGGGUACAACCGAGCCUAGAUCCACGAGCAAGGAAGCCGCCGUUGCAUCUUAUACUUUCCCCGAUCCCUUCCCAUUGACAACCGGUGCUCACGUUGUGCACAGCGCUCAGCCGCCCGCUCCCCAGAGUUCGAUUAUCCCGAGUGUAUCGCAUGGCAUCCCGACCGAUCCAGACGCCAACCAAAACGGUCGGGACGGGGAAGAUGACGCACAACAUCUUGACUGCUCUCCAGCGCAGGCGCCUGAUUGCGCCACCUUUUUGGAGCUCGACAAAGAUGAGGACUGGGAAGACCUCGAUUCUGACAACGUCGAGGAGGACGGCUCUGGUCCUUCCAUCGGUGACGAUCCACUCAGCCCAGACUCUCCAAACCGUCCCGGGGCAAUCAGCGCGGAGGCCAAAGCAAAACUCGAUAAUUUUAUCAAGUACGCGGAUAAGUUCAAAUUACAGCUCGCGAAGGAGACGGGCAAGUCACUGGAUGUCAUUGCGAAGUGGAUUGGCCGGCCGCCGCUAAUAUCGUCUCGCGCGGAGAACCGGUGGCAGGUAUGGCAAGCGUGGUAUGCCGCACAUCAUCCACAGAUCAAGGCUACCGAUGGUUCAGCCGUAGCGGAGGACUCGGAGACGUUUGCGCGUCGCAAGAGGAGCGCAUACUAUGCACGUCUUGCUGGUCACAAGACUUGGCAAGAGAAGAAGGCCGCCAUGCAAGACUGCUACGACUGGUGGCAUACGAAACGCCAGGAAUUCUUGGACAAUCUUGUCGGGACGGGGAAAACUAGCAACUUAGUCACGGUUGCCGCUCGUCAGGUUGGCGCUAUGUCGGAGCAUUGGCAUUCACAGAGCGGACUCCAUAUCUUCGGCAUCAUAAUUGACACCGCCGGCGGGAAUUACAUCAUGACGGGAGGUUCCCCGCUCUGGCCGCGGCUCAAGGCAAGGUUUCCCAAGAAUCUGCACAAGUAUAUAAUGGAAUGCAGAGCCCUCGCUACAAUCUUGGAACAAAAUGAGGAUGGCUCACCUGCUGUCUCCGACGAACAACUACAAGGUCUCAUACCUAUGGACAAAUCAGACGGUCCUGAAGAUGAUGUUCCUGAAUUGGUCCUCCCGGACGACAACGGCAACGGCAACGGCAACGGCAACGGCAACGACAAUGACGACGACGACGACGACGAGACCAACGAGCUCUCCGCCGAUGGCGUGCUUGACGAGAAGAAUUCCCGUGACGGCUGCGAUAAGAUAUUGAGGCGUAUCAUAUUGGCGCUGUGCAAUGAUAUCGGUAUACGCACCUCGAAGUUCAAAUGGGGCACGAUGUUGGAGUAUCUCGUUACGAACGGGAUCACAUUAUACAACUGGUGCCCCGAAGCCACUAUGACGGAGAUCAAAAUCAAAGGACGGAAAGACCGAAUCGCUUUCAACUUCCGCACAGGAAAUAGUCUGAACAUCAAGGCGAUGGUCGAGAGGAACAAUGGCCCAGGGAGGUUGGUCAUCAAGAGAUGGGAUGAAGAAGUGAUGAAGAAGCAGUGGCGCGAACGUGGGGAUGUCCCUAUUCUGCUUGCCUAUAUUCCUGCAAGCGGCUGGGGAGGCAAAGAAGAUAUCAUCGACACUCCCUAUGGACGUCAAAUUGUUCUGUAUCGCGCCCAGGCUACGCAGGCGUACUGCAAUGCCGUCAUCGAAGAAAGCAAACCUGCGCCUCCUGUGCCUGUUCGCGUCAAAGGUCGAGGCAAACAGAAAGCAGCUGACCAAGGCGCUCAUGCGACGAAGACGAAACGCCAACGGUCUCAACCCGUACAUCCCUCGCCGGUCGAUACGCCCACUUCUACUCUCAAUACCGAUCAUUUAGCACGACCUUCUGGGUCCACGGAGCCCAAAGACGCGCGCAGGGGCCAUAUUUUGGGGACUAUUACGACACACCAUCACUACGACAAUCCGCUUCUCAAAGGACGAAAGAGGACAAAGGAUCAGCUGUACAUCGAAUUGGACAGCAGUGACGAGGAGUCUGCGUGCUCUCCCAUCAUUUCAGCAGUUGCAGCAAGGCCCACCGACCACCAGUCGGUGCAGCCGCCCCCCCAGGUACUCACGGGUGGAUGGAAUGGCGCCGACGUCAAUGAAAGCAACGGCAAUUAUCUUAGCGGACAUGGGCUACAGUACAAUGAGCAAACCCUCUAUCCCCCCCACGUCGGGUUCAAUGACAACCCUAUCUUUGGCAUGCACAUCAACGACCCGGCUCCAAUAGCAGCACAGGCUGGCGCCGACUUCAUCGCCAACGCUCAAUACGGGUUAUAUAUCACACCACCCGAUCAUGCUGGCGAUGGCUACGCCACACAUUGGAAUGGAUUGGUGCAGGACCAGACGGCGGCCCCGACUUACAUUGAUCCCUUGGCCACCGGCUCUCUUCCAACAAUUCCCGAACCUCCGGACACGGAAUCAGGGAAUGAUCGCAACCCUAAACGCAUUGCGCAGAGCUAUCCUGGGGAUGUACCGUCAUCGACGCCAGUCAUACAGGCCAAACGAUUCAACGGCAACCCUGGCGAUGUUGUGCACGCGUCGCAACCUCCCAUUCGGACCAUCAAAGGACCUCGGCCUCUACCCUUACCAAGAAGCAAUCAGGUGAUGCGUUAUGGGAACAUCCCUGAAGAGACACGUCACAAUGUGCCCCCCUUUCCCGCAGAGCUCCAGCCUUUCAUGUAUCCUGCUCAACCGACCAACUAUCAAUCGCAUCCUCAUCCUCCACGUCUCCAUUCCUCAUCGACACGCAAGCCGCUACCACUACCAUCGGCUGUUGAUUGUCUAACGGCACCUAUCCAGGUCUGCCAGGAGCCGUCAGCGAUGAGUCUCUGGCCUCCUCAGCAUGGAAGCAACUCCGAUAGCAUGCCGAGGGAUCAAGCGUCAAUCAGCUUCCCUCCAGGCCGCUCCCCUUUAUACGUCUCACCCAACCCGAACACCGCGUAUUCGGGCCGUCCCCCCGCCCCGUCUAUUCAGCAAUCCUUCGCUUCCGCAAGACUAAUACCCGCACAGGCAAGCAAUCUUACGAGUCUGCGUCAAGGACAGCCAGUCUUGUCCAAUCGUCCUCAACCGCGUCCCAUCAAGAGGUCUCGGAGUGAUUACGAGGGCCCAGAGGUGGACAUGGAUGCGCAGAUCCGAGCUGAAGGCACGAAGCGUGCCGCUUACUUGCGCGAACAGGAUGCUAAACGGGCACGCACACAAGAAUCAUAG